AGUUGAAGAAAAUAAAAACCCUCAUCAAGAUAAUCUUUUAAUCAUACCUAAUUUGUUUAUCCGCCAAAAAUUCAAUCGACUCGAGUAUUGUUUAAAUUCAAAUUUCUUCAAAUUUCUUCAAAUACCUAAAACAUCCCAGAAUCACACAAAAGUCAAAAAGAAAUCAAACAAAAUUAUAGCAGCAGCGAAAAUAAAAGAAAAAAAACAACAACAACACAAAACAACCUCCUCUCAUUGUUGUAUUAGUAUUCUGUCAGCAAAAGUUACAUGCAUACGCAUAUGUAUGUUUGUAUGGAUGUAUGUAAGUUUGUAUGGGAAAAGUGAAAGAAGAGUAUGUGUGAGUGUUAAUAAAAUAAAUAUGAUAUUUCGGAAUCUGAAUUCGAAUACGGAUUGAAUAUUUUAUUAAGCAAGCUGUGUGCGUGCGUAGCGUAGACGUUUUUCACAUGCGAAGCGAAUCGCAAUCGAAUCGAGCGCUCCGCAGUCUGAGCUGAGCUAAGCUGAGUCCGCUCCCAAUCCCAACAAAAAUUGGAAUCGUGUUAGUUUUUCGUGUGAUCUCUUGAAGAAAGAAGUUUGAAAAAAAUCUGUCACCAGCAGCUACAAACAGCAGGCAGAAGUGCAGAGCACCAAGAACCCUCCAAAACAAGGAACAAACUUAUCUACAACAAAAUAUAAACAUUCUAAAACCUAAUUGUUCUAUUUUUAAUCAUACAAAAGUCAUUAAUGUUCAUAAUCCAUGGAGCAAUGAGUGUAAAUAAAAAGUGUAGUGUUUAAUUUAAUGUUCACUUCACUUUAGUUUACUUUUCUCUUCCAUCAAGUGAAAAGAAGAAAUUUUUAACAUUUUAACCAAAAGAAUACGUCGUCGUAUCUCUUUUAAAAAUGAUGAUGGAGGAAAAUCAAACAGUUUCUAAAAAUUCAAAUAGUUCUCGGAUAGAAUCUAUAAAACAUUAUUGUCGUGUGUGUACUUCUAAUCCUAAAACUAAAAGAACCCAUCCCGAGGAAAACAUCAGGAUAUUCUCACGAACUGGUCUCUUAUCGAUUCUGCAAAAAUUUCUACAUCUGGAAGUUUCAGAAGAUGACCCACUGCCGAAGACAAUAUGCAAGAAAUGCUUUGAAAAACUUAUGGCCAUUGAAUACCUUCAAAUUGUGGCCAAACGAAGCGAGAGUCUCUUUAAAGAUUUCCUUGCAAACAGAUGUACAAAACCGGUCGCAAAAACCCAAAGCAGUGCAAAAACUGAUUUCAACAUCAAACCAGCGCCAAUUAAUAUAGAAAAGAAACCUGAAGAAGUUAUUGUUGAUGUCUCGAUGUCAGAUCCUUUGACAAAGGAUAUCAAGAAAAAAUUACAAGUAGCUCAAAGCAAAAGAGAUUCAAUAGGAUUGGCAUUUACUCCCGAUCAUAUAAGUAAAAAUGCCGUAACCAGCAGUCCACUUACUCAAGUUCCAGUUACAAUUGUACAUCGAAUGCCCAAAAAGAGGAAGAUAACACCGAACCCGUUAGAGAAAAAUCAAAUUGUCCAAAUUCCUCUUCCUCAUCCUCAUCCUAGUCUUCAACCUCAGAAGAGCAGCACAACAACAGUUACUUUAGAGAAUCCUCCUAAAAAGCAAUUUUCCCUACUCAAACCUAAAGCUAACCCAACUUCUCCCCUAAGGCAUAUCUCUGAGGCUCCUUCAAUACCACAAAAUGUUGAAAUUCAUCCAGUGGUUUCAGGAAAUCCUCAAGUCAUGGGACACGGAAUGCCACUAGGCAGUAUUAUCAAAGAUGUAGAUCUUUUGAAGUUGAUUCUGAAAGCCCUAAAAUGGCCUUUCAAUAAUCAAACCCUUGAUCUUCAAAUACAACGUUUGAAGAACACAAACUUCAACGAUAUCAUAGUGGAUCCAAAUCUUCUGCAAGACACCGAUCUCAUACAAAUUCUUGGUCCACUUAUAGCACCGCUUCCGGUUACCAUGCGACAGCAAACCUAUCACAUAACAAUCCCUCCUGAGACGUUGGAAACACCUCCAACUACCAUGUCCUACAAACUGCCAGCUGAGACCUCAGUUCAAAUUAUCACAGUUCCUGCUACCGAAAAAGAAUCCUCCCACGGAAAAGAUCGGCCAACAAAACGCCAUAAUAAAAGUUCGUCGAUGCGAAAGAAGUCCUCCCUUGUGCCACGGCCACGUUUAAGCUCCCAAGUUAUAGUUGUUUCGGAUGAUAGUGAAGACAAUCGCCCCUUGCAGAUAGCAGCCACAACAAAUGAUGAUAUCCCCAACUUCGGGGUGCAACUUGAUCCGGCUGUGUAUCCUGGGGUGGGAGAAAACUCGAAUAGCAACGAAGCAAUGCUCGCAACACUCAACCGCCAGCGAGAAGCUAUGAUGCGUAUGCACAGAAGCAAAAGAAAACAAAGUUUGAAUUGUGCGAAGAACGUCGAAAUGGUCGACGAUAUAAUGAUAGUAGACGAAGGAUUCCACAUGGAGGAGGCUUACCCAGUAGUUUUGCAAUCAAACAAAAACCUAGAAAUGGAAGAUAUGCUACCGGUUGCUUCUACUUCUCAGCGAAAGUCUGCACCAAAUAAGAAUUUUGCUCCUUUGGAAUCUGUAAAGUCGGAUAUUGCUUUUCCGCAAAUAAAAACUCAACCGACACCACGUUCAAAGUCAUUGACUUCAAUGAAACCAGUUAGGUGCUUAACGGAGCAUUUGAAGCCAGAAAAAGUGCCUCCCAUACAUGGUUUUGCUAAAUUAAAGGAAGAUUCAAGUUUGCCACCUCUGAAGAGAGUCAAAUUAUUGCCAAAGAGUGCAGGUCAAAUUCAAGUUAAGGAGCCUUCAAAACUUGUUUAUAUGUCUAAGAAUACCACCGUUGCCGAUGCUGACUCGACAACGAAAAUAGUGACAAAAGAAUCGAAAUCUCCAAAGCCUACCAAACCGCUUUGGAACUUUAGCAAAAUAUCAAAAGCUAAAAGAGCAGCACAAGCUCACAGGAGCGAAUCAAUUGAGCAGAGAAGUUCUAGCGCAAAAAAUCAGGGAACUGAAAAGAAUGAGAAGUCAGAUAAGGAUGUCAUAGUGCUUGUGGCUUGCGAAGAUGAAUGUGCUGAAAAGCAGAAGAAAACACCCGAAGUAGUAGCCACAUCGAAGAAAAAGAAAAACCUUAAAAACCCAACUCCCAUUCGUUCGGAAAAAAGAAAAAAUGAUUACAAAGUCCUUGCCACCUUCGAUGUAAGCGAUGAAGAAAUGGAACCACUACAAGUUUCGGAUACAUCGGCGAAACAUUCUGUUGAAGAAAAAACCACACCUCCAGUUGAAGAAGAAGAAGCUUCUAAAACAGAAACAAAUGAGUCGCCGACGGCGGAUUGUGUUGAAGAGACUGUAGAGGCUGUGAAUGAUUUACCAAAUGUAGCCGCAAAAGAACCAAACCCAACUGAAAUUGAUCCGCUUGCCGAAAAGGACAAAGAUACAGACCCCAUCAAUGUGCCAGAAAUUGCGAUCAAAGCCGAAAACAACGAAUCAAUUGACAUUAAAAAAGAAGAUUUGGAAUCUACUUAUGAAGGACAAGCAGUGAAACUUGAGCCCACAACUAAAAGUGCUAGUAAAAUGGCAAUCAAAUCGGAAAUCGCAAAAUCUACCCGAUCUUCAGGGAAACGAAAAGCAAUUCAAAAGGAGGAGGAACCACCAAUAGAGACAAUGAAUUUCAGACCAGCAAGAAAAAGUAAAACCUUGUCCAAGUAUUACAAAGGGCCACCAUUGUCUGGAACACCUGGCCGAUGUAUGAGAUCAAGGACAUGAUGAUAAUUAUAAAAAGAAAAAAAUAAUAUAGUUGUGCAUCGUUGUAUGAUACACAAUAAUCAUACUUGUAAAUUAUUUUUAUUGUUAUAUCAAAAUCACAAUUUAAGUAUAGUACAAUAGAAGUCAUUGUAGUUAAAUUAAGUUUUUAUUCUUUGGAAAUGAAUAAGUUAAUUUUUAAAGUGUUAUAAAUUCGAAUUGAAAAUGAAAAAUGUUAUCGUUUUAUGGAUAUCAAAAUUUUCCUAUCAAAAUUAAUAUUAAAAGAAUUAAAUUAAUUUGAAAUGAUAAA